AUGCCAAAUUGUAACAGCAAACAGCAAAACAGCACGCUUGGCGUAUGUGCUAAUCUGCUCCACGACAUACAUAAAAGCGCGAGCUUCUGCUGUUUGCGUCUGCAAUUUGACAUUUCUAUCGGGCGAGAUAUUAUAUUUAUACAGUGGAAGCAAAAAGUAGUGAAUAGUGAAUAUCGAUACAACAUAAAGCAAAAAAUGGCAGAUAGAAAAACCAAGAGACAAUCUGGAGCGUUUUACAAAAAGAAGCGAGCAAAAAAAGCAAACGAACAGCAGCAAUUAAAAGGAGCUCUAGAAAAAUUUCUUGAAUCUGAUCAAGAAAAUUCUUCAUCAGUUUUAUUAUUUGAAAAUCCCGAAAAUGUUCCAAUAACAGCUGAUGUUGAUUUUCCUGUUCCUCAAACUGAAAACACAGUACCAGAUACGGAUGUCGAUGGAAAAAUGGAUACUGACGUAGAAGCAUCUUCAGAAAAGGAUGAAAUUCAAGAUCAAGUAAAAUACGAAGUUCUUGGAAAUGAAGAUGAUUCCAUAUCUAUGUUAGAUUUAAAUGACCCAGGUACUUGGCCUAAUAUCAUACCAAACAAAUGUAUCGAAACAUUAGUAGAAAUAGGGCCUGUUCAUAUAGAUAAUAAUUAUAAAUUUCCUGUAGAUGAAAAAACUGGUAGAAAGUUUAAUAUUUUAUAUUUUAACAAAAUUAUGGAAAACGGAGAAAAAGUUAAAAGAAAUUGGCUUGUUUAUUCUAUAAAAUUAAACCGUGUUUUCUGUUUUCCUUGUAAGUUAUUUAGCAGAGAAAACAUAAAAAUAAUUAAUGAUGGAUAUUCUGAUUGGCGGCAUUGUUCUGAAUAUUUCAAUAAACAUGAAACUGGUAUUCAACAUAUUCAAUGUGUAAAGAAGUGGUGUGAAUUAAAAUUACGACUAGAUAAAAAAUGCACAAUUGACAAGGUAGAAAAAAAUUUAUUUGACAUUGAAAAGGAGCGCUGGAGAGCUAUAAUUAAAAGAAUGAUUGCAAUUGUACAAUUUUUAGCUGGUCAAUGUCUGGCUUUUAGAGGAACAAAUUCGCAAGUAUACGAACGAAAUAAUGGUAAUUUUUUAAAGGCUGUUGAGAUGAUUGCUAAAUUCGAUUCUGUUAUGUUAGAUCACUUAAAUAAUGUUAAAAAGUCAAAAGAACUUAAAACUCAUAUGCCACAUUACUUAGGAAAUCAUUUCCAAAACGAAAUAAUACACUUAUUAGCUGGAGGUAUUAAAAAAGAAAUAAUGCGGAUUGUGCAAUCUUCUAAAUAUUUUUCUAUUAUACUUGACUGUACACCAGAUGUUAGCCAUACCGAACAAAUUACAUUUAUUGUAAGGUGUGUAAAUAUAAAUAUGUCAAAUAAAGAAGUUGACAUACACGAGUUUUUUUUGGAUUUUUAUCCUGUCACAGAUACUACUGGUGAAGGAUUGUAUAACUUCCUAUUAGAAAAAUUAUCAAAUUAUGAGUUAGAUGUUCAAAAUAUUAGAGGACAAGGUUACGACAACGGAUCCAAUAUGAGAGGUAAAAAUAUUGGCCUUCAAAAGCGCAUCUUAGACAUCAAUCCAAGAGCACUCUUUGUUCCUUGUAAUGCUCAUACUUUGAAUUUGGUCGUAAGUGAUGCAGCAAAUAGUAGCGGGCUAAUCGACGAGGUAGAGGACCAGCUUAUUAAGCUGUCCAUUAUAUGGGAAGACCUGGGGCAGAACGAUGACCCAAGAGAGUUAGCUGAGGAUAUUCAUCGCUUCCUCCUGGAUGAAGAGAUCCGUGGGUUUCGGUUUAUUGGCCAAUAUACUAUGUUGGCCAAUUAUUCCGAGGGGUUCUUGCGGGAGUGUGUGCGCGGCAGAACACCUUUCUGUCGUUAUCACAAGUGCGUACGGUCUUUUGAGCCUAUCGUGCUGAGUGGCUCGACAGAGGAAGUGGGCACUGAGUCGGUGAGUGACUCAGUAAAUGAGAGUGACUGUUCUCAGCCUCUCCCCUUUCCUGAAAAGCUGAGAGGGGUUAGUAGCGGUGAUGAACUGGAAGUUGGUGAGCCAUCGUUUAUCUCUGUCUUGUCGGGUAGCUCCCCGGAAGCUAGGGUGAGCAGAGCUGACAGGGAUGCAUCGUGGGCUCCCAAAGACAAGAGAGCACUUACGGGAAGGAAACAAUACCCGCGGAAGAAAAAUGCAGGUAAGUGCACUGCACGUAAAAGAGGUCGCCCCAAAACAUCUGGGGAUUACGUUAAUCUUGCGGCUGAAAGGGAGCGCUUAAAUGUCGCCAUGAAUGAGGCAUUAAAAUUAGAAUACGCAAAAAGAGUGCUGGACCCUUCUUUUGGUCCAACUCUAACAGCGAUGGGCCCGAGUAAUAUCCCUUCGGAUGCGGCGUUUGCGGAGGAACUCAGGGGAAUCACCGCUCUUGAGUUUCGUAGGUUAGGUGAAAGGUUCGUGUCCCAAGUUGAGAGGGUGGCUGGACUCCCUGGCCUUGGCGAGGUCAUGGCCGAGGAGCUCCGAGUCUCCUCAAGGAAGCUGGGAGACGUAAUCAGUGAGGCUGUUUCCCGAACAACCGUGGAGGCGGAUCCAAGGAUGGACUCAUUGAGGAGCGAGAACCAGGGUCGUGUCUCAGCUCUGGAACGAGAAGUGGACAGACUGACGGAGAGGAUAGGGUUCCUUAAUUCCGCAGUCCCCCAAAUCGAGGGGUUUUAUCUUGGUGAUAAAGGAGCAAAGAAGAGACCCCGCCCGCCCUCUUCGGAGGAAUCGCCGCCUGUUUCGGCAACGGUGUUGGCGAGUCCUUUGGUCGAGGAUCGACCAGUUAUGUUGUCCGAUUUGUCGUCCCUUCUGGAUCGUCGCUUUAGCGACUUGAGGGACGACAUAUCGAUCUCAGUUAUGGCCUCAAUUAGGGAUGAGGAUAACAUCGCUGAAUAA